AUAAUCUAAGUUACACAAAUCAAAUAAUCAAAGUAUAGCAAUUACAUAAGAGCAUUUUUAAAGAGUAAGACAGCAUUGAAAGUUUCAAAAUCAAUCAACUCUCACCUAGAGAUGGCUGCUUCCCAUGUUGGUCUCCAACCAACCACUCAUCUAUUCUGUCAUGCAAUGCGAAUCAUUUUGUUGUUCCAUAUCAUUACUUCAGUAUAUCCACUUUCAUUUAAUUACCAGGGCUUUGAGUAUGAUGAUACCAAGCUAGAAGGUGAUGCUUCUCUGUUACAUUCAUACAUCCAACUCACAACAACCUCAAGGUACCAAAGCAAUGCAUUCAGCGUCGGACGAGCAAAGAGUUUCGAGCAAUUGUAUCUGUGGAACAGAAGCUCAGGAAAACUCACUGACUUCACUACCCAAUUUUCCUUCAUCAUUUUCUCAAACGAAACUCGUUUUGGGGAUGGCUUGGCAUUUUUCUUUGCAGAUCCAGAACUGCCACUACCAAGGCAUAUACAAGAAGGAGGUGGUCUUGGCCUAGUAGAUGAUGACCAAAUAUUGAACUCAACCAAACAUUCAUUUGUAGCAGUGGAGUUUGACACACACAGAAAUUCAUGGGAUCCCCGAACCCAAGGCACUCAUGUAGGUAUAAAUUUCAACUCUAUGAGAUCAGACGUAUCUGAGCCAUGGUCGAUUGAUAUUACGCAAAAGAAAGCUUAUAAUUGCAGAAUUGAGUACAAUUCUAGUACACAUAAUCUGGAAGUUUCUUUCACUGGAAACAUGAAAAAAGGUAAGCCAGUAAGAACUUAUAUCUCAUAUAAUGUUGAUUUGAGAGAUUACCUACCAGAGUGGGUUGUUUUUGGCUUCUCUGCUGCUACAGGAUACAUGUUUGAGAUGAAUAUCCUGCAGUCAUGGUCAUUCAAUUCAAGUUUACAAAGUAAUAAGAGUGUGUCAAGUCAUAAACCUCCAAUGGCAGCCUCACCAAAUCCCAAUCCUUCACCAAUUUCCACAGCUAAAAGUAUCAGCAACAAAGGUUUAUUACCAGUAGUGCUAGGGGUUGGUAUAGGUGUGUCUACAUUUUUCCUUAUUUUAGGGUGUGUUUAUAUUUUCAUGUGGAAAAGGGCUGGAUGGAAAAGAGAAGAUUCAAUUUUUGACCUGGAACUGGAUGAUGAAUUCCAAAAGGGCACUGGACCUAAGAGGUUUUGUUAUAAUCAAUUGGUGAGUGCAACAAACAACUUUGCAGAAGGAAGGAAGGUUGGACAAGGAGGUUUUGGUGGUGUUUAUAAAGGCUAUCUCAAAGACAUAAAAUCCAAUGUUGCUAUAAAGAGGGUAUCAAGAGAGUCUAAGCAGGGGAUAAAGGAAUAUGCAACUGAAGUGAAGAUCAUUAGCCAGCUGAGGCAUAGGAAUUUGGUACAGCUAAUUGGUUGGUGCCACAGGAAUAAAGAUCUCCUCCUGAUAUAUGAGCUCAUGGAAAAUGGUAGCUUAGAUUUCCACCUACAUCGCGGAAAAAGCAUAUUGACAUGGCAGAGGAGGUACAACAUCGCCAUGGACUUGACUUUGGCGCUGCUGUACCUGCAUGAAGAAUGGGAGCGAUGUGUGCUUCACAGGGACAUUAAAACAAGCAACAUCAUGUUGGACUCCAAUUUCAAUGCUAAACUUGGGGAUUUUGGCUUAGCUAGGCUUGUGGAUCAUGAGAAAGGUUCACAAACCACAGUUAUAGCCGGAACCAUGGGCUACAUAGCUCCUGAAUAUCUCACUACAGGGAGGACUACAAAGGAGUCUGACAUGUACAGCUUUGGGAUUGUUAUAUUGGAGUUAGCCAGUGGGAGAAAAUCAAUUGACCUCAAGGCCAAGGAGGAUCAAAUAGCCAUAUUUGAGUGGGUUUGGGAGCUCUAUAGAUUAGGAAGAUUCCUUGAAGCAGUAGAUCCAAAGCUUGAAGGAGUAUAUGAUAAGGAGCAACUGGAACGUUUAGUGGUGGUUGGUCUUUGGUGUGCAAAUCCAGAUUAUUCAUUCAGACCAUCAGUAAGGCAUGUGAUUCAGGUGCUUAAAUUUGAAACCCCUUUACCAGUUCUCCCACAGAUGAUUCCAGAGCCAACUUCCAAUCGUCCAACAAUGAGUUCAUUUUUUGGUUCUAUUUCUUAUAAUUCUGAGGCUACACUUUAGAAACAGUGAGUGGGGGGGGGGGGGGGAUUGGAUGCACAGAAUGUUACUGGGUAGUUCAUGUUUUUUAAGUUUGGUUGUGAUAUUUCACAUUCUAGUACAGUAAAGGCUAUUUAGCCUACAGGUAUUUGAUAGUGAAUUGUACAGUUCCGUUUUUGGAAUUAUGUGUGAAGAUAAUUUAGACUC